GUUGCGUGUGCUGGGGGAGUGUCCGCUGAGAUAACACGGCCCUGCCUGUUUAUAUCACCGCGCCACAGCAGCAUGUCAUAGUUUUCCACAGUCCACUUCCAACUGAAACUCGACGACACAAAACACGCGCGAAACCGGAGCUGACGCCCUACACGCACGAACAUGUGGCUGCCCCUGGUUGGAAUGACUGCCCUGCCUCACCUGGGAGGAUUAUACGGAGGCUACAUCACACGCAAAGAGGUGAAAACGUGGUAUCCUACCAUAAAGAAACCAUCAUGGCGCCCACCAAACGCUGCCUUCCCGGUAGUUUGGACGUGUCUUUACACGGGCAUGGGCUACGGCUCCUACCUGGUGUGGAAGGAUGUGGGAGGCUUCACUAAAGACGCCGUCGUUCCUCUGGGACUUUACGGGCUACAGCUAGCCCUGAACUGGACCUGGACUCCGAUUUUCUUUGGUGCACACAAGUUGAAAUGGGCACUGAUUGAGAUCGUCUGUCUGACUGGUACUGUUGGAGCCACCAUGAUGUCGUGGUAUCCCAUCAACCGCACCGCCACCCUGCUCAUGGCGCCGUACCUGGCCUGGCUGUGCCUCGCCACCCCUCUCAAUUACUGCAUCUGGAGAGACAACGGUGAUACCAAAGACGAGUAGAGAACGGCGUCCUGUGCCGCCAUGCAGCCGAUCUGGUUCUGUGUCUCAACACGGAUUCAUGAUUUAGAAGGUUUUGUAGAUCGUCCUCAACUGAACAUUUACAAUUAAUACGUAUUUGUGAUAAGUACAGCUGUUGGAUUAACAAUUAUAUAUUUGGCUUUUGUAUUUGUUUUUGUUUUUAUGUUUUACACAGUACUAAUACAUUAGACUAUUUCAGAAACGCCCACACUUUUUUGGUUUUGGAGUUACUGUUCAAAUGACUAAAUGGACGUACAUUGAAAAGGUUAAAUGUACAUUUACUCAUAAACUGAACGUUCUUUACACGUACAUUAUACUAUGUCGAGGUACUGAUUAAAUACACGUAGCUUUUUGGGACCUUGAUUUAAUACUUACAGUACAUGGUCACUACUAAAGACUGUGGAAUUCUGUACAUUUAUAUUCUGGCUUUAUAUAAAUUGCUCAUGAUCCACCAGUACCAGAUUUACUGGUAAACUAAAUAAUCUACUAAUUGGGCACCAGUGGAUGGUUUGCACUUGUUGUAUUUUUAAAAGAUUUGAUUAAAUAAAGUGUAAAAUUGUGUGAGA